AUACAUAAUAUAUAUACCAUAAUUAAUAUUAAUUUUAUUAAAAAAAGGAAAAAUUUAAAUAAAAUAUAAAACUAUAUAAAAAACAAAGUCAAAAUAGGGAGAAAAAUGUUACAACAUCCAUCCAAAUACCAUCCGAAUCCUUUAUCACAUUUUUUAGCAUUACAAAAUCAGCAUGUAGCCCAUCAACAAGUAACACAUCAUUCUAAUUAUCAUCAUACAAGUUCACAAUUACAUCAUUUAAAUGCUGCUGUUAAUAGUUCAUUAGAUGUUGGAAAAUCUUUUACAAUUGCUGCAAUUUUAGGUUUACAAAAGAAUGCAAUUGAACAAAGACAAAAUCAACAUCAUAAUCCACAUUCAAUUAAUCAUCAUCAUCGUAACGAUUUUAAUAAUGUUAUGAAUCUUUCAUUAAAUAGUCAUAAUUUACAUACACAUCAACAACAAUUACAAAUUCAAAUAAGUGCAAAUAAUCAUUUGAAAUUUAAUCAUUUUGCUGCCGCCGUCGCUAAUGCACCAUCUGCAUUACAAAGUUUACAACAAUUACAUCAACAUCAUGUUACAGCGGCAGCUGCAGCAGCUGCUGCAGUGGCAGCACAACAACAAACCACAAAUUUAGGACUAGGAGGUCAUUCAAGAGAAAAACAUAAAAAUGAUCAUAUAACAUCUUCAUCAACAUCAUCUUCAACAACAGUAGCAGCAGCAUUAACAGGAACAACAAUAGGUGGUCUUACAUCAAAGAAAUCAUCUUUAAAGAGUAAACGUGUUCGUACUAUUUUCACACCCGAACAAUUAGAAAGACUUGAAGCUGAAUUUGAAAGACAACAAUAUAUGGUUGGACCCGAACGUUUAUAUUUAGCACAUACAUUACAAUUAACUGAAGCUCAAGUAAAAGUAUGGUUUCAAAAUCGACGUAUAAAAUGGCGUAAACAUCAUUUAGAAAUAAAUCAACAACGUUUAGCUUUAAUAAGACAAAUGAAUAAUAAUGAUGAUAAUUGUUCAACUUCAAUUGCAAAUAAUAAUACAUGUAAUAAUAAUUCGAAUAACAGUACUAAUAGUAAUAUAUUACAAUCAGCUUCAAUUGCAUCUGCAAUUGAUGUUGAACGUGAUUUUAAUAAUGAUAGUCCUAUUAUUAACUGUAUCAUAUCGUCAUCACCAAAUAAUGAAAUUGCAAAUAUUGAAUCUGAUGAUCCAGAUUUAUCGAUAUGUAAUGAUUCUUUAGAUGCUGAUGCUGAAAGUAUUGAUGCUGAUGAUUCAUAA